AUCUCGGUGUGCGUGUGUGCCCUCUGCGUGCCUGGACAUCCUCCCACACGCUGCGACUACUUACUGCUACGCACUGACGACGAGGACGAGGACGAGGAGAUGCCCAAACACUCGCACGACCCUGACCCACUCGACGAGCUGCUCCGUCCACCCCAGGGCGAGACAGAAGAGGAUCGUGUCAUCAGACUCGCACAAGAAGCAGAGGCGAGGCGACGCAGCCAGGCAAUCGACGAGUCCAUCAAGGCCGAACGUAUAGAGCAAAAGAAAAAAUCAGUCGUCAGACUCCUCCUUCUAGGCCAGUCGGAAUCCGGCAAAUCUACGACCCUACGUCAUUUCCAGCGUCUGUACAUUCCCUCCGCAUUUCGUGCAGAGCGCAUCCUUUGGAGGAGCGUCAUCCAACUCAACGUCGUCCGUUCUGUACGGACUAUCCUAGACGCCGUCUCCACCGUACGACCUCCACCAACACCUCCGUCAAACGACAUUCAGAGCCCCGCGGAGGACUCAGAUGAUGACACCAUAUACGUCCCACACGACAUCGAAGUCCUCAAGAUGCGCUUGUCUCCCCUCCAUCAUGUAGAAGCAGUCCUGAUUGCCAAACUCAUCCCUCCAAGCCAGGACGACUCCUGGGCGCCAAUGACUGCUUCGUCUGCAGGCGACCAACGUUGGCAUCAUUCUCAAGAAAUCUUCGUUCGCCCAGGCGCAACUUCCUGGAAAGGCGUCCUCGCUAAAUCAUUUCCUUGUCCUACGAGUGUUCGCCCAAACUCUAUAGACGAUGCCAGCUCCACGGGCGUGACACGCGACGAAGCCCAGCAAGUCCUCCAUGCGUGCUGUGGAGACAUCAUAUCCCUUUGGAACAACCGGUUUGUACGGCAGCUACUGACCAAAAGGAAGAUCAGGUUGGAAGAGGCACCGGGAUUCUUCUUGAACGACCUGCAGCGGGUGACCGCGCUAAACUACAUUCCGUCAGAUGACGAUGUCCUUCGCGCCCGACUCAAAACUGUAGGCGUUUCCGAGUACAGGUGCCAGAUGGAAGCCGCUGCCGGGCGAGAACAAGGCACGGAGUGGAGGAUAGUUGAUGUGGGUGGUUCGAGGUCGCAGAGAGCGACGUGGGUCCCAUUCUUCGACGAUGUUGACGCAAUUAUCUUCCUCGCACCCAUAUCCGCGUUUGACCAGGUGUUAACCGAGGAUCGAACCGUGAAUAGACUCGAAGAUUCAGUCCUGCUUUGGAAAGCCAUCUGUUCUAAUAAGCUCCUUGCUAACGUUGAUUUGGUCCUAUUCCUGAACAAAUGCGACAUCUUAGAAGCCAAGCUCAAGUCGGGAAUCAGGCUCGCCAAGUAUGUGAGGAGUUACGGCGAUAGGGGGAACGACGUGGAAACAGCUUGCAAAUAUUUCAGGACCAAGUUUAGUGCGAUUCAUCGGGAGUAUUCACCCCUCCCGCGCAAGUUUUAUGGAUUCUGCACGAGCGUCACUGACACUACUACUACGGCUGGGAUACUCGCGAGUGUAAGAGAUAUGGUCGUGCGGAGACACUUGAAGCAGUCACGUUUGUUGUAGCGAGCUGUUAGCGGAUGCAGGCGUUGCCGGGUGUGUUUCCUGGUGAUGGUGAGUACUCAAUGAUAUCGUUGUUGGGACUUUUGGACAUGUGGUAGUGGAGUCUCCCGCUUGAUUGCGGUGGGCAAUGGCGCUGUGGUCGAGUGUUAUGCCACCGGGCGAUAUAGAGGGCAGAAAACCCUCAUUGUGUAUGCAUCGAUGUUUGGCUUCGUCGGGCUUCUUACUGGGCCAACUACCGAGCUUUGCAGUCUCGAUGUUGGAGGUGUCACGCAGAAUGCAUUGUGUUAUGGUGUCUGGCGAAAAAAAAAAAAAAGUCAGAAACAGGGUUGAUGCCAGCUGCAGUGGCCCG